AUCGCUCACUCCCUUCGUUCUUUGGUUCGCCAUCACUUCGCUCCUCCUUCUCUUGCCCGCCUCCUGCUUCCCUUGACCCUCAGAGCCAGAAGACAACUCAAACUUCACACGCCAACAGUCGGAUCGCCACACAAGACAUAGUUUAACUCGGAUCAUGGCUAACAACCAGGGUUUCAGCUUUGGAUUCGGUGGCGCGGCUCAAGGGGGAUUUGGAUCCUCUGCGGCCGGAGGAAAUGCCUUCGGUGCCAAGCCAGCAACUAGCACGCCAGGAGCAGGAUUUGGAUUCGGGUCUAAUACAACUGGGGCUCCCUCGACAUUUGGUUCGACCUUUGGAUCCGCACCAGCUUCAGGAGGUUUUGGUGGCGCAUCGACCCCAACAUCUGGAGUAUUUGGAGUCGCAUCUACACCUACAACUGGAGGAUUCGGAACCACGUCCACACCUACGACCGGAGCGUUUGGAACCACAUCCACACCUGCAGCUGGAGGGUUUGGAGCCACAUCAACUCCAGGGACCUCGUUGUUUGGUAGCUCGACCUCUGCAACAUCAGCAGCACCAUCAUUCGGAGGAUUCGGCGCUCCGGCGCCAACAGCCGCUCCAGCAUUUGGCGCCUCUGCUGCUGCCUCAGCAGCGCCCACUCUGUCAUUUGCCGCGCCUGCUUCUGCGUCCGCCCCAUCAUUCGGCACCCCCGCUAAUACAGCUUCGACCACAUUCGGUACUACCUCAACGGCACCGUCAUUUGGAUCUGCACCUGCUGCAACCCCAUCCCCCUUUGGAGCGCCAAAGCCUGCUACUCCGACGGCCGGUCUUUUCGGAAAUAUCUCAACAGCUCCGGCAACUCCAACUGCGGCUUCAACUUCUCCCUUUGGUGCAUCUUUGACUGCAGCCACCAGUGCCGCUCCAGCAGCGACCUCGUUGUUUGGAAAUAAGCCUGCGACAAUUGGAACUGGAAACACACUCCUUGGAAGCGCACCUCCCGCGUCCAGCGCAGCACCCGCUUUCGGAGCCAAACCUGCUACGCCUUCUCUUUCAUUUGGAGCCGCACCAGCCUCAACCACAGCGUCUUCGACUUUGGCAGCUCCCACAUUCAGUCUCAACGCAGGGUCUACUGCUUCAUCAGCGGCGACAUCAGCUCCUGCGUUUUCAUUGGGCACCACACCUGCUACUACAUCUGCUGCCACUACUGCUCUGACGACAAAGCCGCAGGAUGAUGCCAGCUCCAAGACUGUGGUGCCUCCAACACCCUCGGCAUUGCGUAACAAGAGCAUGGACGAGAUUCUCCAUCAGUGGUCGAGGCAGCUUGAUGAGCACACAAAGGCGUUCCGCGAACAGGCCAACAAGAUCUCCGAAUGGGAUCGCAAGUUAUUUUCUAAUGGACACCAGAUUAGCCAGCUUUACCAGAUGACAGUGGAGACUGAGCAAACGCAAAAGACAAUUGACCAGAAUCUGGAUUACAUCGAUUCACAGCAGCAGGAGCUCAGCGGAAUUCUGGAUCUUUACGAGGAGCAGGUCCAAAAGAUGUUCGAAAAGGAUGCCACUACGGCAGGAGUGAAUGCCAAUGGAUUGCGACCUGUGGAUGAGCAGCGCGAACAGACAUACAGCUUAGCCGAGAACUUGAACAAGCAGCUGGACGACAUGUCGCUCAACCUCACAAGCAUGAUUGAGGAGAUCAACCAGACUGCGCCCAAGACUGAUGGCGAGAGCAGCGACCCUGUCGGACAAAUUGUGCAAAUCUUGAACGCUCACUUGACGAGCUUGCAAUGGAUCGACGAGACGACAACAUCGCUGCAGUCUAAAGCUCAGGAUGUCGGUAGACUGCAAAGUCAGAUGAUCAAGGAACAUGAGAGCUAUCGCAGCCGCGGUGUGUUCACGGGACGAUCCUGAGCUAUGGAACUGCAAUGCUGACAGGACAGGACAAUUGAACACCGGAGGAAGAAGUCGCAAAGCGUGAUAAAGAAAUAAAAGAUCGCAUCUGAAAAUAAU